AAUAAACAAAAAUUGAUGAUAUUUUAAAAAAUAGGCUGCGAUUCUGGUUUUGGCAAUCGUUUGGCUUUCAGGUUAAACUCAAUGGAAUUUCGAGUCUAUGCGUGUGUUUUGGACACAAACAGUACCGGAGCUCAGGAUUUGAGCAAUAAAUGCCAGUUUAAGGACGAGAUAUGUAUUGUGCGAAUGGAUGUCACUAUCGAUGAGGACAUCAAUCGGUGCCACGAGUUUGUUGUCGCGGAUCUACAGACCAGUGGUCGUGUGUUGUGGUCAGUGGUCAACAACGCCGGUGUUAUGACAUACGGGCACUUAGAAUGGGGUAAAUUUUCCCAAUACACUAAAGUGUUUGAUGUGAACGUGUUUGGUGUGGUUCGGGUGACCAGAAAAUUCAUACCACUUAUACGAGAGUCAAAAGGUCGCUUAGUGUUCACAACCUCUCAGGCGGGUCGAGUGGCGUUAGACAAUCUCGGCGUGUAUUGUAUGUCCAAAGCGGCGAUCAUAGCGUUCACUGAUGUUUUGCGGCGAGAGAUGCGACCCUUUGGGGUACGGGUGUCAAACAUAGAGCCCAUGCUUUUCAAGACAGUUAUGGUUACUUUGGUUAAACAUGAGUUCAACAAGAAUUGGUCCGAAACGGACGGUGCGAUACGCGAUGUCUACGGCGAGGCCUACGCCCAGCGCCAGAUUAAAGUAUUUGACUUUAUAAUGUCUAUGGCUAUGGCUAAUGGAAAUCUUGAUAUCGUUGUCGACGAUAUGGUUGACGCGGUGGCCAGUCGUCGGCCCAAUAAAUACUAUAGACCUGUACAUCGGUGGUGGCUCCACGGCUAUCACCGUAUGGCUCGUAUAACACCCCAAUGGUUUACCGACCAUAUUUUCUAUACACUCAAUUCAAAGAAACCUGCGUUUAUGGAAAAUAAUAAUAAUAUAUAA